AUGGCGCCAAAAGGACACUUCUUGGCACAGAUACCACAACCGAUACAAAGCUCUUCGGAGAUGAAGGCAAUCUUGGCCGUGGGCUCUACUUCGAUACAGAAUUUACCUAGAAUCACAAGUUCAUAUAUAAUCAAAAAAAAAACUUACCAUUCUUGUCUACAUUUCUUGGGUUUGCACUUGUCGGCAUUCACAAUGGCAAUACGAGUAAGCGCGUCACUCAUGGUCUAUAAAAAGAAGCAAAUGGCUAAAUGGAGAAGGGGGGGUAGGAUCUCACGAAGAGCAAUGAAGUAA